GGAUAAGAAGGCAUAGCCGUAGUUUAAGGGGGUUAGAACUUCAAAGCCUAUCAAGUUUUAAGACUUAUAAGGUUCUAUUAUUUUUUCAUUCUGCGGUUACAUUGUUGCUAUUAAUGUAGAUUAUAAUUUGCAACCAUAACCUUCGAUAACACUCGAAACUAUGGGAACUUACCUUGGUCACUUACUUAUCUAUUGAGGCACGCUUCGAAAAGCCUUGACCUAUAUCCAAAAACUAUAUAAAUUCAAUCCUAUUGCUGGAAACAAUAAUUCAGUCUAAGUUCGAACUUAAAACUUGUCAAUGAAUAACGCAAACAUUUUAGUUAUCGGUUCAGGCCCAUCGGGCAUAGCAGCUGCUACAAAGCUCUUAGAACUUGGGUUUGAAAAAGUCAGUUUGCUUGAAGCUGAGAAUCGUAUUGGGGGUCGAAUUCAUACAAUUGCAUUUGCUGAUAAUGUUGUAGAUUUAGGAGCUCAGUGGUGUCAUGGUGAGAAGGAUAAUGUUGUUUACGAGUUAGCUAGUAAAGGCAACUUUUUGGCACACUCUAAUGAGGACUUCAGUAAGUUCGAGUGCAUUCGUUCGAAUAAGGAAGAACUUCCGAAAACUUUGUGUAUACGUUUAAAGACAAUAAUUGACAAUAUUUUGAAAGCCGGGGAAAAAGAUCUUCUAACUUACAAUGACUCGGUAGGAGCAUACAUUACGAGCAGUUUCGAAGAAGCUCUCAAAAACCCAGAAAACGCUGAUAUUGACAACACAAUUGCCAAAGAGUUCUUGGAACAUUUCAAGAGAUACGAGAACUCAGUAGAUGGAUGUGAAUCGGUGUACGAAUUGGCGCCAAAGGGUUUUCUUGAGUAUUGGGAAACAGAGGGUGAUCAAGCACUUACCUGGAAGGAGACGGGUUAUCACCAAAUUUUACGUUUGCUUAUGAAAUCAACUGAGAUCAAUGCCUUGGGAGUGCUCGAUCAACGUGUGAAACUGGGAAAGCCGGUGAAGAAGAUCACCUGGAGUGCAACCGAUAACGAAGAGGCUCGGGUUCAAGUUAAGUGUGAAGAUGAUGAGAUAUUGGAAGCUGAUCAUGUCAUAGUAACAGUUUCGUUGGGAGUACUUAAGGAAAAACACUCGACUUUAUUUGAACCAAAACUUCCAGCAGAGAAAACAAGUGCAAUCGAAACUUUGGGUUUUGGAACUGUCGAUAAGAUUUUCAUGGAAUUCACUACUCAAUUUUGGCCAAGUGAUUGGCUAGGUUUUUCCAUACUGUGGCGCGAAGAAGAACUUAAGGAAAUUCGUGGUACAGAACGAGCUUGGAUGGAAGAUGUCUAUGGUUUCUAUACGGUGGCUCAUCAACCAAGAAUAUUAAGUGCUUGGGUUGUUAGUUCGAAUGCCCGUCACAUGGAGACUCUGUCACAGCAGGAAAUACUUGAGGGAAGUAUGUACUUGUUGAGAAAAUUCCUUCGUUGGGAAAUUCCUCUGCCAGUGAAUUUUAAAACAACAUCGUGGUAUACAAACGAGAAUUUUAGAGGUUCGUACUCUUUCCAAUCGAUGAAGGCAGAAGAGAUUAACGCAAAACCAAGUCAUCUAGCAAGUCCUUUGGUAGAUUCAACAACGUCAAUGAAACCACUGGUUCUCUUUGCUGGUGAAGCAACAAGCGAACACCGUUUCUCAACUGUACAUGGAGCCAUAGAAACUGGAUGGAGGGAAGCAAAACGAUUGGCAGAUUUUUAUAAAGAUCAAUAGAUCAAUUUUUAAAUUGAUUUCGAUUUGCUCUUAAUUGUGAAAUGAAUAAAAAAAAUAUUU